AUGAUCAUGAUGGGCAUGCGGAUCUUCCAGAUCACAGAAGGCGCCGGUUUUUGGCUGCUGCGCUGCAUGGUUCUGGGGGUGCCUCGAGCUCUUCUGAUGAGUUGGUUGAUGUGGCGAUUACUCCUGGGUCUCCUCUUGCUGAUAUCCCGAGUGAUGCUUCGCUCUCUGCACCGCCUACGCCUCUGGCACUUCGUCAGGCUCGGCAAGAUCGUGGACGUUCUCCUGUUCUGCCACCUCUGGGAGCUCGUCGCUCUGCUGCAAGGCCAAGUGCUCCGGCUCGCAGCCGGUCCCCACCUUGUGGUUCGGCAAGUCGGCUUUUGCCUCAGUUCUGCUCGCAUCCGGCUUGGCAGGCUCUGGUUGCGCGAGUCGAUCAUCUGGAAAAUGUGGUUGGCGUGUCCAUUGGUCCUCUGCAACAUGUUCCAGAUUCGCUGGGUCCUGUACCUGCGCCGCCAGCUCUUCUUCCGGAAACGGACACCUCUGCUGCUCUUGCGACGAACGCUUCUUCUGCGUUGCCUGUGGCUAACGAGGACGCCGAGCACCCUAUUGCUUUGA